AAUGCAAUUCAAGAGAUCAUCCAUAUAAUUGAGAAAAUAGAAAGCAACGAAUUAGAGGCCCAAGUCUUUCAAAGAAAUAAUACAUGUCUUCAAUUACCACUUGCAGGAACUACACCAACUCCUCAGACCUCACUUGGAAAAAAUUAG